AAGGAAAAGUUUGAAACGACAUAAGAGUGAGCAAAUGAUGACCGUUCGAUUAUUUGGUCCCUUUAAGAGGUACAUUGCAACCAACCGUAGAAACAAAAUAAUCAAUUCAAUUCAUUGGUUUAAAAAUAAGCUAAAGUUCAUUAAGCACAGAAACUGUUUCAGUUUGUAUAUUUAUUGCCAAAGGGGGAAAAACAGUAUACACUUCCAGAGAAAUAUGAUACAGCUCGUUGAUUGUAGCCAUAGAAACAGAGUAAAUAUCGAAUACAGGAAACUGUGUGUGCUAGUAGUAAAGGAAGUAGUAGUACGUCACCAACCAGCGUUUUCACAACACGGCCACUAGAAGUGUCAUUGUAAACACAGUCAGUCUCGACGGUCUCUUGAAGAAAAAAAAUCAUACGGUGUAGUAUGGAGAUAUAAAUGUCAUGAAAGACCUCUUGUUUCCGGACUUUAGUUCACGGUUUAGCUCGCUGACCGUCUGAAGCUUCAGUUAUAGUCUGUCAUUGCUCUUGAGAACAGAGAGGUCUUAACAAAAUGUCACAGAUGGAUCUCCUCAUCACAAAUGUAGCUGAGCUCCUCACCGCUGCUGUACAGGAGGUGUUGCAGCUCAUGGGUCAGGCUAUGUUAGAGUAUCAGAAGGAGUCUGCCAGAACACGCCUGGAGAAUCAGAACCUCCAGCAGAAGCUGAAAGAACUCCAGGAGAGGAUGGCUGGGGCUUCAGAUGAAGUCCUGAAAGUCUCUUUUGCCAGAGAUGAGCUUCAUUUAAGGGAGGAUCAUGUGCAGGAAGAUCUCGUUCAUCGUGGAGAUUCAGUAGUGAGCGAGGAGAUUCCGAGUGACAAUCCUGUUCAUUUAAAGCUCGUUUUAGAUGAUAUAUCUGUAGGCAACCAACAUCAUUUUCUGCAAGGGACCUGUGACUAUUCUUUGACAAUGCAAAGACCCCUUUCCAUGAAUAAGAGUAGCCCUCCGAGAAGAAUUCCAAACGCUUCACCUGGCAGCAGAGAGAGUCCAGUGACCAGCAACACUGAGACCCCACUGGGUUCAAACAAAAUCAAGGUGGAAUCUAAACCAGAGCUUCUGGAAUGUUCUAUUACGGAAGAGACAGGAAAUGCGGCAACACAAGCUCCUGUUGUUCCCAUGCAGGAUGCAAAUGAACACAACCAGCAGCCUGCCUCCACCUUUUCCAACAAUGUUGUCCAUUAUAACCAACCAUGUAAAUUACUAAAUUCUACUUCUAAACAAAUUCUUAGGUCACGGGUAGAGAAUACAGGAGAUGUUCACAGCGCUCCCAGCAUGAGUGAGAGCAGGGAAUUUCUGCACAGCUGCCAUGUGUGCGGUAAGACUUUUGCGACUCCCUCCAGCCUCGGAGCUCACUUCGUAUGCCAUUCAAAUGAGAGACCUUUUGUUUGCAAGUGCUGCAAGUUCAGGUUCAGUCGUUUAGCCGAUUUGAAAAAGCACGAGCGCAUUCAUACAGGAGAAAGGCCAUAUAACUGUUCUCUCUGUGGACGGAGAUUCAACCGAACAGAGAAUCUCAAAAGACACUUGAGGAAGGUUCAUUAUGGAGCAGCACUGUGAGCUUUAAGUUCACUGCAUGUGUCUUCGCUGGCUGCAGUAUGAUAAGGGCAUUCAUAUAAUUCAGCUUGCCGACUUUGGAUCACAACAUUCAUUUAUAUCUCAAAAUGGCAUACACCAAUAAUAUUGUUUUCUCCCACAUAAAUGAUGCAUUGCCAACUGUUUGCAUCAGACUGAAAUGAAAUAAAUAUCAAAUCAUUAUCAGUGGCUGAAAUAUGAAAAAUUUAUAAUUAUAAAACAACACCAAAGGACGAUAUAUGAUAUGUGUAAAACUCAAUUCUUGUUCUUUUUUUUGUUUUGUUUUUGAAAGCAGUCUAAUUCUCAUCAAGGCUGCAUUUAUUUAAUCAAAAUGCAAUAAAAACAGUAAUAUUAUUACAAUUGAAAAUAACUCUUUUCUAUUUUAAUACAUCUAUUUUAAUAAGUUAUUUAUUCCUCUGUUAUUUAUUCUUACUUCAGUCUUCAGC